AUGCAACGUAUCUUAGUUCUUGCAGAUUAUCCCAAUUUAAAUCAACUGAAAAUUGUUCAUUUUCGACAAGAACUUGUUCUAAAUUACUUCAAGAAUGAAUCAUUAUUUAAAUCAAGCCUUCGGCGACAAAUUACAAAUCUGGUCCUUGUUAGUGAUGACAAAAAUGAUCAAAUAGAUUCAUUGAAAGAUUAUACAAGAAGCGUAUAUGGAUAUAUGUUGAAAUUUUUUGAGAAUUUGAAAGAGUUCACUAUGAUAAAGUCGGUUGUUCCGUAUCCACGUUUAUCGCUUUAUGAUUUCUUACCAAAUUUGUUUUCCUCUUCAACUCUCACAGAUUUAUGUAUCAAUGUGGCAAAUUUCGAUGAUUGUCUUUGUUUACUUGAUGGUCGACUCAAGCAAUUAUCAAAUUUAUCAGUUAAUAUCGAUUCUAUGGAAAAAUCGAGAAUUAUCUACAAAACGAAUAAUUUACCAAAUCUGAAGUGUUUUUCUUUGAAAUCGUUCAAUCGAUUGAAAGAAUUCGAUGUCAUAGUAUCAUUACUUCGUCGAAUGAUAAAUCUGGAAAAACUAUCGUUAUAUCUUCGUGUGAAAUGUCACCACCAACCAAUAAAUGGUGCUCAUCUGAUAGAUCCUCUUAACCACAUGCCAAAACUUGAUUCAUUUACUUUUUAUAUCGGAUCUUCUGUCGAAACAUUCGAUUUUUCGCCGAAAUUAUCUAAUGCAAGCAUCCAACAAACCUUAACACACAUACGAGAAGAUUGUGUGAGCAAUAUUCAUUAUCUUACUGAUAAUAACGCUGUAUGUCAUAUCUUCUCAGUUCCAUUUCUCUUUGAUCAUCUUGAAGAUCUUGGUAAUGGAUUUGCAAAUAUCAGCUUUCCUUAUGUUACGUUUUUAAUCAUCGCCGAUUGCAAUAGUUUUGAACAUGAAUUUUUUGUCAGAAUUGGUCGUUCAUUCCCAUUAUUGACAUAUUUACGUAUUUUCAAUAUGAAGGACCAAUUAUCAAAUAAUUGGAACGGAUUGUCAUAUGAAAAAGUUCAAUCAAAUUCGACCGUCGAAUAUCCUCAUUUGACUUCACUUGAUGUUCGAUAUUCGAGUAGAGAUUAUCUUGAACAAUUUCUCAACGAAUCAAAAGCAUAUGCCCCAUUCCUGACAAACUUGGCUACGUUUGCUUUUUAUUUGAAACAUGUAACAGAGAACUUUACAAGACAAGAAACACGUCGCAAUUGUAAGAAGAUAAAACAACUGUUAACGUCAGGAUUUGUUGAACGUUCAACUGACUUUUUUCGUUAUUUUCCAUCAGUUGAGAUGUAA